AUGGAAGUUGGCGAAUUCCUUGGAGAAAUUUAUCUUUGCCAUGAUUAUCUGACAGAAGUUCAAUUGAUGAAGAGGCUUAGAAUUGCAUGGCUGUAUUCUCACACAUUUACCAUUUACCUUGUACUAGUUGAUGCGAAUUCAACAUGUUGUUCAGAUGAAGCUCUUGAGAUGGAAAAUCUUAUAUCCGCAAAGAUUACUCAGCAACCAAGUGACAUUGCAUUGCGCUUAAAGAUUUUGUUCAAUCUGUACAACUUACUAGAGAAUCCAUACAGUCGGUUCCUUGUCUACUAGAGUGCUCUAAAUUUGGCAAUCAAUGGAAGGGUCACUGAACAUGUCAUCCCUUCAUUCAAAAAGAUAGAAAGUUUUUUGAAAGAGUCGAAUAUUGGGAUCUCGAACAAGAGGCAACUAUUUCUUACCAUCUCAAAUGUUUUAAAAGAACACAAAAGCUUGGUAAAGGAGUCUUUCAAAUUCCUGAGCAAGUACUUAGCUACUUUUUUUGUUGAAGAUGCAUAUAUAUUGAGUGAAGCCAAGAAGGAAGCUAUGCGAAGGCCCCCGACUUGUUUCAGUCAUGUUUUGAAGCAAAUGAAGUGGUGAACAGGUAAAAGUUAUUUGGUCUUGCUAAUAUUUGAUAACAAUAUUGGUCCUAUCACAGUUCUUAAAUAUUCAUGCCAGUGACUUUGCUUGAGAAAUUUUGUACAUGAUGAUUUUUAAUUUUCUGUUUACACGUGGUGAAAAAAUAUUAGCAACAUUCUAAUUUUCUGGUUAGUUGAUGAUUUUUUGUCUAUUUGUAUAUUCUUCUUUAUGGUUGGUGCUCAAGACUUGUAAGUAUUGUAA